AUGGGAUCUAUUCAGGAGCCAGCGUCGACAAACGGCAGUCAGGAAGCGAACGGGGUCUCGCUAUCGGCUCCGAUCCUCACGAGGAGAAAAUUGAAGAUCGUCUGCAUCGGUGCUGGGUUUUCUGGUCUUACGCUUGCCCACAAGAUCCAGCAUGAGUGCAAGCUGGAAGAUGUGAUCGAUUUACAGAUUUACGAGAAGAACGCUGACAUUGGAGGGACCUGGUACGAGAAUACAUACCCUGGUGCCGCAUGUGACGUUCCAGCUCAUGCGUACACGUUUCUGUUCGAGCCGAACCCAAACUGGUCCAAGUUCUAUGCCGACCAACCCGAGAUCCACGCCUACAUCAAAGCCACUGUUGCAAAAUACAACCUGGACAAAUAUGUGACCCUCAAGUCAAAAGUCUUGGAGACUGUCUGGGACGACGACGCCGGAAAAUGGAAGAUAAAGGUCGAGGUCAACGGAGGCCUGCAGGAGGAUACUGCAGAUAUUCUUAUCAAUGGCUCUGGGUUUCUCAACAAGUGGAAAUGGCCCCAGAUUACUGGGUUGCAUGACUUCAAGGGGAAGCUCGUCCACAGCGCAAAAUGGGACAAUAACUACUCCUGGGAGGGCAAGAAAGUCGCCGUCAUCGGCAAUGGUUCCUCGGGCAUCCAAAUCGUGGCGGCCAUGCAGCCGAAAGUCGAGAAACUGGUCACCUACAUCCGAAAUCCCACCUGGAUUUCGAUCAACUUCUGCGCCGACAAGACCACGGACGGCAAGAACUUUACUUACACGGAGGAGCAACGAAAAACGUUCAGAGAAAAUCCCCAAGCUCACUUUGAAAUGCGCAAGGACUUGGAGUCUUCCAUCAACGGUUUCUUCUUUGGCAUGAAGACCGGACACCCCUUCCAGCAAGGGCUGGAAGCCGCGUGCAAAGCGCAGAUGGGUGCAAUCCUGAAAGAGGAUCCCGAGCUUGCCGCGAAGAUGAUCCCGCAGUUCCACCCUGGCUGCCGACGCCUGACGCCUGGGGACGGAUACCUCGAAGCUCUUCAACAACCGAACGCCAAAGUCUGCUGGUCUCCCAUCACGGAGGUCACCGAGAAAGGCAUCAGAACGGCAGAAGGAGAAGAAGAGUUCGACAUGAUCGUCUGCGCCACGGGCUUCGACACCAGCUUCGUCCCCUCGUGGAAACUCGUCGGUCUCAACGGCGCAACCUUGGACCAGAGAUGGAAGACCGACCCGGACGCCUUCUUCGCCGUCCAGGUCGACAGCAUGCCCAACUACUACAUGUUCAAUGGACCCAACUGUCCCAUUUCGCAUGGCUCGGUCCUGACCGAGAUUUCCUGGACGUGUGAUUACAUCCUUCGGUGGGCCGAGAAGGUUGCCACUCAAAACAUCAAAUCAAUCACCCCAAAGCCCGAAGCGGUGGCCGACUUCAACGCGUACUCGCAGGAAUUCCUCAAGGACACCGUGUGGGCGGACGACUGUCGGUCUUGGUACAAGAACGGCAAAGAGAAGGGCACCGUCACCGGCACGUAUGCCGGCUCCAUCCUCCAUUUCAAGGACGGUCUGGAGAACAUUGGCGCCGAGCACUUUGACAUCACGUGGCGGAGCAAGAACCGGUUUGCCUGGCUGGGCAACGGCCAGAGUCUCCAUGAUAAAGACGGCAUGGGUGAUAUGGCGUACUACAUGAAGAAUCUCGAGAUCUAG